UUUAAAAGAAAAAAUGUCAACUCUUUCUUCUUCUUUUCAUACCCAAAUCCCCCAUUUCCUCGAACAUUCUAGUCCGGUGUUUACUGUUUCUAUCCCCCUCUUAAGGGGUUUUUUGAAAUGGGUAUCAAUUUUAGCUGCCUUGUAUAUUGACUUUCCCUACAUCAUGGGGAGCUCGUCGUGUUCUUCAAUCGAGACUCAAUACCCAUUUCUGAAUCCUGCUACCCUCUUCUUUAACUCCUCACUGUUCAUUUUUCUGCUGGUUUGCAAGUUUGGACAUACAUGAAAGGGCAUUCUCUCUCUUUCCCUCUCUCUCUCCCCCUAAUCUUCAUAGUUUUCUGUGAAAAAACAACGAGGAUUUCUUGAUUUUCUCAAAACUUCUCUAAGGUUUCCAAGAACUUUCAGAUUUUCCUUGAUCUUGAGAGGGAAUCAGGUUUUGGAGGAGAUUAUGAAGUGUUUUCAUUUGUUCAGCAAUGAGAGGAGAACUGUUGAGCCUAGAACAGCUACGAAAUCUAAUUCGAUUAUCUCGUGUACCUCGAAUUCUACGUCGAUUAAUCAAGAUCUUAAGAUGUUUGACACUGAUUUGAAUUCUCAGAAUGUUUCAGAGUUUAGUGUAGCAUCUUCUGCUAAAUCAUUUGCAGCUUUGUCUCAAAGACAGAGUAAUCUUAGGGACUUUACAUUCUCAGAUUUGAAAGCAGCCACGAAGAACUUCAGUCGAUCGCUUAUGAUCGGAGAAGGCGGAUUUGGUAGUGUAUAUAGGGGCGCUAUCCGAAACUCAGAGGAUCCACAUAAAAGAAUAGACAUUGCUGUUAAGCAGUUAAGUAGAAGAGGAUUGCAGGGUCACAAGGAAUGGGUAACAGAGGUGAACUUUUUGGGCGUUGUCGAGCAUCCAAAUCUUGUCAAGUUACUAGGCUAUUGUGCAGAGGACGAUGAAAGAGGGAUCCAGCGGUUACUCGUAUACGAAUAUAUGCCUAACAGGAGUGUGCAAGAUCACUUGUCAAGCAAGUUAAACAGUUCUCUUCCAUGGGCAAUAAGAAUGAAAAUAGCUCAGGAUACGGCUCGUGGCUUGGCAUAUCUACAUGAAGGAAUGGAUUUCCAGAUAAUAUUUAGGGAUUUCAAAUCUUCAAACAUACUUUUGGAUGAACAGUGGAAUGCUAAGUUGUCUGAUUUUGGAUUGGCUAGGCUAGGGCCUUCGGACGGAUUAAGUCAUGUCUCUACUGUGAUUGUAGGAACAAUUGGAUAUGCAGCACCUGAAUACCUUCAAACAGGACGACUAACAGCAAAAAUUGAUGUAUGGAGCUAUGGAGUUUUCCUGUAUGAACUGAUAACUGGUAGGCGUCCCCUAGAUCGGAACCGCCCCAAAGGCCAGGAAAAGCUCUUGGAAUGGGUGAGACCACACCUAUCUGACUUAAAGAAGUUUGAGCUGAUACUUGACCCAAGACUUGGAGGUAACUAUUCUAUUAAAGCUGCCCAAAAACUAGCAGCUGUAGCUAACCGCUGUUUGGUUCGGAAGGCUGUGGUACGCCCUAAAAUGAGCGAAGUCUUGGAGAUGGUAAAUCGGAUUGUGGAAGCAAGCGAUCUUGAGAGCCCUCUGCUUCAAGAAAAGAGCUCAACUUCUAACAGUGAUUCUGAAGGAUCAAAAGGGGAACCUUUGAGAAAACGGAUUAUGAAUCCAUUUAUUGGAGGGAAUGAUUAUUUGAUUUGCCUAGCUUGGAGACCCAAAGUUGUGAGAACUUGUUGAACAACGUUGAAAGGAAUGACACAGAGGUUUUCUCUUUCUUUUUUGGAAUGGAGAUUUACUUGUGUAAAGAAUCAUGGCUUCUUAAACUGCUGGAUCAAGUACAGUAGUUGUUUGAGGAAGAAUAAGUCAAUUGCAGCUAUUGUUGAGGGUGUUCAAAACUGUGCUGAGUGCAAGUUUAAUAUCCUGAAAACCAUGUAAGAAAUUUUAAAAAGCUUCAAAUAGGUCGAAUUUGACCUAUUAGACAAAAUUACAAAAGUAU